GAGAUGGAAAGAAAGAAAGAAUCGCUUUCUGCAUCUCCAAAAUCCAUUCUUUCUACUCUUCCUUUCUCCUCAUAUACACCUCCCAAUCUCUUUACAACACAACAGAAGAACAAAACCAACCUAUUUGAACAAAACCCAUGUCUCUAAAUCCCCAUCCUCGCAUCAGACUCAAUCCCAUCAGAAGCUACAGCCUCUAUUGGUGCUACCAAUGCCAUUGUGCGGUCAGCAUCCUCUCUCCCUCCCCCACCGAGAUCAUCUGCCCCCAUUGCUUUGGCCAAUUCAUUUUCGAGAUCGACUUCGCCCGCCGCCUUGUCAUCGACCUCACCGCCCUCGACCCUUCCCCCAAUUCCCGUCUCCUCGAAGCCUCCAUCGCUCUUGGCCCGCCGACCUGGCGCCAACCCUCCGAAUUAGACCACCGGAGAAGGAACCCGCUCUCCCAAUCCGAACUCGGAAUUGUCCCUAACCAUUGGGUCCUCUUCCGUACUGAGGACCCCACUCCACCGGCCCGGACCCUACCGGCUCGGACAGCCUCCCUGACAGAAAGUUCUGGCUCUUCCCCUGCCCCAGAAGUCAAUCCCAACGAUUACUAUGUGGGGCCCAGGUUCAAUGAGCUGAUCGAGGAGCUGACUCAGAACGACCGCCCUGGCCCACCUCCUGCACCUGCUUCGGUAAUCAAUGCACUGCCGAUGGUGAAGAUCACACCAGCCCAUAUGACCGACGGUUCCCAUUGUCCGGUCUGUAAGGAUGACUUUGAGGUUGGCGGGGAGGCGAGGGAGAUGCCGUGCAAACAUGUUUAUCAUUCAGAUUGUAUUGUACCUUGGCUGCAUAUUCACAAUUCUUGCCCAGUUUGUCGACAGGAGCUGUGUAUUCCCUCUAACAAUGAGCUGCCUGUUCCCUCUAACAAUCACCUACAGAAUGAUGGCGACAGUUCACGUGAGGAAUGGGGUGGGCACCGCAGGCGGAGGAGAUGGAUUCCUUUCUCCUUGUCAUGGCCUUUCCGUUCACCAUCCAGCAGGAUCUAUCACUACCGGGGUACUCUGGAUGAUGGUGCCUUCAAUGCUCGUGGUGGAUUUAGAUCCUGGUGGUCCUCUUGGUUUAUUCUCUAAACCUUUUAUAUGGUGCUUCUUGGGUUUGAAGCAGUUCAUAUCUGCUUCAUCUUUAAGCUGUUCUUGGACAGGCACAGCACAAGAUGGAUUUCAUACUGUAUAGGAUUGUGCAGCAGUUGGUUCGAUCAGUGGAAUGUGAAGUAGGGACUGAAACAGUUAUGUACUUCAAAUGCAUGCUCAUCGUUCCAUCUUAUGUAAGAAUUGGCCCUUUGGGUCCAUGUUUAUCAUAUUAUCUGUUCUCAUGCAUGCCCUCAA